AUGUCGACUGAAGCUCGUCGCAGACUUAUGCGUGACUUUAAAAGGCUACAGAAUGACCCUCCAGCUGGCAUUUCGGGAGCACCUUGCCCCGACAACAUCUUGCUUUGGAACGCAGUCAUCUUCGGUCCUGCCGAGACACCGUUUGAAGAUGGUACGUUCAAACUGGCGCUUCAGUUUGAUGAAAGCUAUCCUAAUAAGCCUCCGACAGUGAGAUUCAUCUCUAAAAUGUUUCAUCCGAAUGUCUAUGCAAGUGGCGAACUGUGCUUGGACAUUUUGCAGAAUAGAUGGUCGCCGACAUAUGAUGUUGCGGCUAUUUUGACAAGUAUUCAGAGUUUAUUGCAUGAUCCCAAUCCAAAUUCACCGGCAAAUGCGGAAGCUGCCAAUCUCUAUCGAGAGAACAGAAAGGAAUACACACGAAGGAUACGGGAUAUUGUAGAAAGUUCGUGGGAGUGA